AUGCAAAGGGCUGCAUGCGUGCGUGGGAGCAACACUGCGCUGUGGAGGAGCCUAUGGCGAGCUGGAGGCUGCAUCUAUGCGCUGCUGGAUGGACAUUACACCGCUUUUCACUCGGACUUCAGCGGAGGUGGCGGACGCGGAGAGUCCCAACUUGAGAGAUGCCAGCGCUGUAUCGGAGGAAUGCUCUUUUGUCGUUCGCAGGGGGUGGAGUUAGACAUUGAACGAGAGCUGCCUACCAAACAGACAGAGGCGAGAGAGGAGGCAGCUGAAGCCAGUGGGCAGACCUCCUCCACGGUGCCUGCCUGUGCGAUGCUCGUGGCACGCAGACAAUCUUAA